AUGGCUUCAACAUCUUUCAGGCUUCUUGUCUUUUGCUCUGUAGGUUACGGCUUAAGUUCAAAUGAGUGGUUUAAAGAUAUUCCCACUGAUCUGUUUAAUUUAUCUGGAGAUAUAAUCCUUGGAGGACUAUUUCCUAUCAGCCUGCUGAACAGCAACCUAAGUGAACGGACCGAGCCGGACAAAGUGACAUGUGGAAGUUUGGAUCAAACAGCACUUGGUCAGUCCCUAGUGAUGAAGUAUGCUAUAGAUGAAGUCAAUGCCAACUCAGACAUUCUCCCUGGAGUUAGAUUAGGUUAUAGAAUCUACAACACAUGUAGACAGCCGUCAGUCAUCGUCCGGCCCAUACUGUCUUUCCUGGCGAACAGGUCAAGAGAGGAGCUGCCUGUGAAGUGUAACUACACAGACUAUGACCCCAGCAUCUCUGCAAUCAUCGGCCCCUACAGCUCAGAGAUGGUCUCCGUCAUUGGGAAACUAAUGGGAUUCUUUCUUGUUCCACAGGUCAGCUAUGGCGCCACGAGCGACAAGUUCAGUGAUAAAACAACAUACCCAUCGUUCUUCCGUACAGUGCCUAGUGACAAGUGGCAGGUGGAGGUGAUGGUGCUGCUGAUCCAGGAGUUUCAGUGGAACUGGGUGGCAGUGAUUGGCAGUGAGGAGGAGUAUGGCCAGAUGGGGAUGCAGGAGUUCGCUAAAAUGGCAGAGAAGAGCUCUCUGUGUGUGGCCUACCAGGGCCUGAUCCCAGUCUACACUGAUCCAGGACCAAACAUAGACAUCAUCAUUAGCAACAUUAAAGCCACCAACGUCAGUGUCAUCGUGGUCUUCUCCUUGUCAGAACCAGCGGCUGAAUUUUUUAAAGGGGUCAUAAAGCAUAAUUUGACUGGUGUGUGGAUCGGCAGCACAUCUUGGACUAAUAACAGAAAACUCACUUCUAUUGCUGAAAUGAGAAACAUUGGUACAAUCAUUGGAUUCACAGACAAAACUCAGGAUGUGCACUUUCUCCCUGAAUAUGCACAUGCACUUUUUGACAAAAUUAGUCAAGAAAGAAAAAACUCCACUCAACCACCAACUAUCAACAAUCACAACCCAAGUGAGCCCUGUCCAGAAUGCUGGAACCUCUCUCCUGCAAAUGCAAGUAUGAUGGAGGAUCCUGCAGUUCAACAACUGGCUUUCAGUAUCUAUACGGCCGUCUACACUGUUGUAGAGGCAUUACACCAACUUCUUCAUUGUAAUAAGACACAGUGUGAUUGGAAACCGGGAACAACAAAGAUCUAUCCAUGGAAGCUGAUGCCAAUUUUAAAGAACAUUUCCAUUGAUGUAAAUGGCACCAAGUUUCAAUUUGACAGUAAUGGGAACCCAAACAUUGGAUACAAUGUGAUGCAGUGGGUUUGGCAAGACUCAAAUGUACAUUUUCGAAACGUUGGGAGUUUUCUGCCUAGUCUGUCCAUUAACAAAUCCCUCUUCACUUGGCACACCAAGGAUUCAACGGUGCCAGUAUCGACGUGCUCCGCGGCCUGUGAGUCUGGACAAGUUCGCAGAGUCAAAGGAUUCCAUUCCUGCUGCUUUGACUGCAUCGACUGUCUGCCUGGGACCUACCAGGCCAAUCGUGAUGACAUCCAGUGCACUAAGUGUCCGACGGGCGAGUGGUCCACCCUCCUCAGCACGUCCUGCACUAAGCCCACUUUCGAGGUGCUGUCCUGGGACAGGACAGAGUCUGUGCUGAUGGUAUUGGCUGGAGCUCUGCUGCUGCUGUUCCACGGCUCAGUGCUGGUCUUGUUACUCAGACACAGGAGCACCCCGCUGGUGAUGGCCUCAGGAGGUCCCCUGGCCAUUGUGGCGAUUAUUAGCCUGAUGGGGGCAUGCCUGAGCCUCGUGCUGUUCCUGGGACAGCCUACAGACACUGUGUGUCUUCUGCAGGUGCCACUCACCUCCUUUUGGCAAACAGUGACUCUGUCUAUCAUCGCCUCCAUUUCUCUACAGAUCUUCUUUGUGUCGGAGUUCCCUGAGCGGGCGGCCCCUCACCUGCGCACUAUCCGGGGCCCGGGCAGCUGGCUUCUGGUGCUGUCCUGCUGUGUGGCUCAGGCUGGCAUCUGUGGCUGGUUUGCGUUGGAGUGUCCAUCUCUCUCAGUCUACAUGGAGAACAUGAAAAUAAACUUUGUGAGUUCAUUCCUGACAUGUCCAGUGGAGCCUCUGGUGGGCUUCGCUCUGUUACAGGGCUUUAACGUGGUCCUGGCACUGGUCUCCUUCAUGUGCACCUUCAUGGCUGUGAAGCCUCUGCACCAGUACAACCUGUCCCGGGACAUCACCUUCUCCUGCCUCAUCUACUGUGUCCUAUGGGUCACGUUCAUCCCCAUUUACAUUGGACUGAAGGACCAGAUGAAGUCCAUAGCUCAUGUCUCUUUCUCUCUUGGCAGUAACUUCGGGCUCAUGGCAUCUUAUUUUUUACCCAAGUGUUAUCUGAUAAUGAGGAAGCCUGAGCUCAAUACAGCAGAGCAUUUCUGCACCAUUCUGGAGGGAGUCCCUCCAACUCCUCCUCAGGAUGAGCCACAGCCCAAAACUGAGACUGAAUCUGUGCAGUAA